UUUUCCUUUUAAUUCUGUCUAUUGUUGGUUCAGGAUAGAUUCUAAACAUGAGCUGUGUCUUUCAAGAGAAGAAUGUAAGUGAUCAAUAUAAUUGUUCGGAUAGAUGGGUGAAAUUAUUUCAUCUGCUGUAUGAUUUUAGAUGAGAAUGAUGGUGGAUUUAAGGUCAGUAACCCUCUUCUUUUGGUCAGAGAAUCUCCUGGAAUUUGAUUUCUAGGGUUUCUUUAGAUUGCAAAAUGUUACUUCUGUUUACAGACUGCGAUUGAAUUGUGAUGCCUUAUCUGAGAAAGGUCAAGGUGAGCGUCAUAAAGAAAACGUGUAAAUGUUAACCACAGAGUAAACACCUUGACUCUCCCAACCACACGCGAUCUGCUUGUCAAGUAUGCACUGAGGAUGGCAAUCACUUCCUACUCUAGGAAGAAUAUGAAACAUAGAAAAGGGGGAAAAACUUUGUCCCAAGAAACAAAGGUAGCAGUGAUCAAAGAACCUGGGCCACCUUAUACAACUGGAGAAAAUCUUAUUACAAAUGCAAGUAACUCCAAAUUCUUUUGAGGAAAAAUGGUCCUGUUAGAUAAGCUGUUGCCUAAACUGAAGGAAUGAGAUUCCAGAGUUCUAAUAUUUUCACAGAUGACUAGACUUCUGGACAUACUGGAAGAUUACUUGCUAUAUCGUGGUUACCAAUAUUGCCGGAUUGAUGGGAAUACUGGGGGAGAAGAACGGGAUGCUUCCAUUGAAACAUUUAAUCAACCUGGAAGCCAAAAGUUCAUUAUCUUACUUUCUACAAGAGCUGGUGGAUUGGGAAUUAAUCUUGCUACAGCAGAUGUUGUCAUUCUCUAUGAUAGUGACUGGAAUCCACAAGUUGAUUUGCAAGCACAGGAUCGUGAUCAUAGAAUUGGGCAAAAGAAAGAAGUUCAAGUGUUCCGUUUCUAUACUGAGUUUGCAAUUGAGGAGAAAGUGAUAGAGAGAGCAUACAAGAAGCUUGCACUUGAUGCCUUGGUUAUUCAACAAGGACGAUUAGCAGAACAAAAAACUGUUAAUAAAGAUGAACUUCUACAAAUGGUUAGAUUUGGUGCUGAAAUGGUUUUUAGCUCCAAGGACAGUACAAUAACUGAUGAGGAUAUCGAUCGUAUCAUAGCUAAAGGAGAAGAAGCGACUGCUGAACUUGAUGUGAAAAUGAAAAAGUUUACAUAG